AACUGGUUGGACUGUGUGUCUGAAUCUAGACUACAGAUACUCUGAAACCCUUACAGAAGAAAUCCUGAAAUAAGGACUUGUGUGGUUCACACUUACAGCCUGGUCUUGUCACUAUCAGAAAGCUAAAGAACCAGAAUUUCCUUCCGGUACUAGGGCAGCAGGCCCAAGUAACCAGUCAACUCAGAACCCAGGGUCAUUGUUGGAUUCCUAAAUGUUGCUAUGACUACUGAAACCUUGGUGAUCAAACUAAACAGAAAGGAGAGCCUUCUCAGUGUCCUCAGGCUUAGCAAGCAUUUCUGUAGAUAUGUCCUUUGGAAAAAUGACAAAAGUGGAAGAGAAUUUACAAAGAGCCGUGGCACUUAAGAAGAUAGUCACCAGGUGGCAGAAUUUACAGAAUCAUUGUAUGUGGCAGAUGACAUUGAACGAACGGAGAAACACAUAUGCUACCCUAAGGCUGCAAAAUGAUGUGAAACAGGAAUUAGCACUGUCCAACAAACAGCUUCUGAUGGUCCGUCAAGCUGCCUUAAACCAGCUGUUUGAAAAGGAACAUCAACAGUACCAGCAGGAACUCAAUCAGAUGGGCAAAGCUUUUUAUGAGGAAAGAUUCUGACAGCCGCCAAGACACCACUCUUCCAUCUCAUCAUGCCUGCCAACCCAGCCUUCAGUCUCUACCUUGAGCUUCCCAAAACAUACCUGAUGCUGGGACUUAAAACUUUUUCAUUAUCUCUGAGCUCAAAUGUUGCCUCUGGAAGCAAGAGUGACAUCUUGUGGUCAGUGUGCGAUAUGCACUGCUAUAAGGGGAAAGGAUGCACAAUGUCUGGUUUAAAACUCUGAUUUGGUUUAACAAAUAAAGUGAGCUCUUAAAGGU